AUGCCUAACUAGGGGUCAACUGUUUUGAGAUCCUAAUAAUCUCUAAUGCCAAUGUUUCUAUCUCCAAGAGAAAAUCGAACUCCUUCAAAAGAUAGAAAUCUAUCCAACUAAAAAUCUUAAGUUUAGAUGCAUUAUUACCAGUAAGAUAAGACUAUGUCAACUGCUAACACUAAUUCCACAUUUAAUUAUAUGGAUUCCUCAAACAAACUCAUUCAAAAUUUGAGUAACUUUGCUGCAACUUUAAAAUCACCAACGAACAACUAAAGCUUAAGCAAGAAUUAAUCCAGCUAAAAAUAAAGCAUUGUCCAUCCUGUUAAUUAGACUAGCACUCAAUAGAUGCAAAGAUCACUGAUCAAGAAAUUUUCAAGCAAUGCCUUAUAAAAUUAAUUUAAAAAUGAGGGGUUGAUUGCACUUGAAGAGAAAUUUUCAUUAGGAUCAAGAAAAUAUUCUCAGUUUGAGUAAUAAUAGCAUAACUAUACCUAGAUUCCAACUACAGCAUCCUAAACCAGCACAUUUCUGAAUAAUGACAAGUCUCCAAUCAGAAAAUUAAAUAACAGAUUCAGAAUAGAUUUGGACAAAAGAUCGAUAACACCUAUUAUUGGAAGUGAUAGUGCUACAGAUUUUUACAACUCUUAAAACAAUAAUAAUAAUUUAACAGCGUCAAAAUUGAAACAAAAGCAAGAUUCAGCUAGAGACUCAAUCUAUUACACACAAGUUAAUAAUAUUAAGACUCAGUAAAAUGUAUUGAAAAAAAGAUCUCAAAAUAUCAUGGUUCCCAAAAUAGCCAUAGACUUUAACCAAAUAUAAAAUGUCUAAUCACCAAUCAAUGCAAAAAAGAAUUUAGAAUAUUACAGUCAAGUUAGUGCUAGUAACAGCAAAAGUAAUUAGCAUCAAUAAAGCAGUAAUAAAAUCUCAAACAAUAAAAAAUAAUAAGUUUAAUCCAAUGCAUUAGGGUCAAAGGAGAAUUAAAACUAGCCAAUCAGAUCUUUAAGAAACUUUGCCUAGGUUUAAUUUAGCACAUAAGACACUGCAAUGUCCCCAAUUAGCAGGAAUGAUAAUACCAAGAUUAAAUAGCAAUACUCAUAGAGAAGUUAAUAGAAUUAAUUGUUAAAUAGUGGGUCAUAAAAUAGAAGCACCUCCUAGUAUAAGAAAACUUCUAAUAGAAUAAAUGAUUACUAAACUAGCAUUGAAAGUUAGUAAAAGCCAUUUAGACAAUAAGUGAGAGAGCACCAAAGGAAAAUCCUUAAUGAAAUGCAAAAUAUCAGAAAAGAAAUGAGAAAAAUAUCAAGAUCUAGUCAUAGAUAAUAUGAUUCAUAAGGAAAUGAAGAAUAUGAUAACAACUCAAUCUUUAACCUAAAAUAUGACUCAGAUGAAGAAAGUGGUUUAGAUGGUCCUUAGGCUUUGAAAUUUAUAAAGGAAUUUCAUAGUUCAAGAAAGUAACUGAACCCAAAGUCAGACUAAAAUUAAGAUUAAAUUUAAGCUAAUGAGGAUAAAUUUGAUUAGAUGAUGAGGGAAUUCUAAAUUGAGUACUAAAAAGAACAGGAUUAUUAAUAGUAGAAAUAAUUUGAAUCUCUCAACAGCCAUAAAAAGGAAUAGCAUCUUCAGUAUCAAAACACUGAACAGUUCCAGAUGUUGACGACUAAUAUAGAUCACGAAGAGUGCACAUUUGAUGACUAUAGGAAUGUAACAGAUGAUAGUGAGAGCGUGCUUAACAAUUAAGACUACAAAAAUCCAUUCCACAAAAACAACUAAAAUACUGCUGAACCGUAAAACCCCAAAUUGAAUAAACUUAAUGUUUAAGCACACUUAAAUUACAACCAAGUAAAUUUUUCUAAGAACAAUAUUCUCCAGUCAACUGAAUAUAAUACUCUAUUGAAUGCAACCUCAAAACUAUUUUCAGAAGAUUUAAAUGAGGAAGGUUUAGAGUAAGUUGAAGAUGAAGAAGAGUUUGAUGAGUACAACUUUGAGAAGUAGUACAAAUAAGUCAAGUUCAUGAAUAAUCUAAGCAUCCAAGAUCAUUUCAAGUUUGAAUUUUCAUCACCUUCUAUGACUCAGAUUUCUCCUACUACUUAGCAAGAUAAGGAAAAGCUUAUUAUGGGAAGAUUCUAAGAAGACAGCUAAAUACUAAAUUAAGGAACAAUUGAAGACACAGAUAAAAACGCCUAUAAAAAUAUGGGUAAAGCUAAAAAGUGGCUACAGCUAAUCAAGAAAAAUAAAGAUAAACUGAAUCAUAAAAAUGAAGAUCUUAAUGCUAAAGCAGCAUAUUUAAUAACUAACCAUUGCAUACCUAGAUUGAAAAUAGAUUCUAUUUUAUCAUCAGGAAUGUCAGGUAGUGAAGAUUCAGCCUCAUCUUAUGCAGCCUCAUUUUUAUCUUCUUAAAGGUCAUCUAGAUAUCAAUCAUAAGCAACUUUAAGAUAUGAUCCCAAGCAUGUUCUUUUCGUAUAUAUCUUUUGGAGUACAUUCUUGAAUUACAUACUUACCACUGGAUCUAAAAGUCUCCAAUAGCAGGCUUAGCAGCAGAAAAAUUAUAUGUGA